AUGGCCAGACCAACGCGUUUCGCGGCCAACAACGAGCCGAUGCACAUAUUCCAAGACAACUUCGACUUCUUCGAGCAGCCCGCUCCCUCGAUAAGCCGAGCUCCCAUGCCGUCCGUCGGCAGACAACCACCCUCCGGGAGGCCACUUCAGGAUUCAAAUAGGAACGUCGUCUUGAAUCCCCCGAAUGGACACGGAAAGCAGCACUCUCCCUUCAAGGCGACGGGGCGCGCCACUGCCUCUCCAUUGACCCCUCUGCGGUCGUCACAUGGAAACAUGUCACAUGGGAAUAGUUACAAUUUGAACCCGGUCUCGAUAUUACCUCCUACCUCGAAUGGACAAAGUACCGACUCGAUGCUGAAGAGGCAACCGUCCAUGUCGAGGUUCAAGACUGUGGUUCAGAAACCGAAUAUCAUGGAUAUGCAGGCGAGCUUCGAGAAGGAGAAUUUUCACCCGACCUACUUGGCGCAGCCGGCCUUCAGUCUGAACGUCGACGGAUUCUAUCCGCAGAAGACACCGGGCAAACGCGCAUUACUCGAAGCUGCCCCCAUCAAGGAUUCCAGACCGCCGAAGAGGGUAAGGACCGAAGAGCCGUGCCUGCCGUUACCGAGCUCGUUUCCCCUUAUUGUUGAUGAUGGAACGAAGCCCGGCCACAGUUACGCACAACUGAUAGGGAUGGCAAUUCUGCGCGCGCCCAAUAGGCGUCUGACUCUGUCACAGAUCUACAAGUGGAUCUCUGAUACCUACUCAUUUUACAGUGCGCAUGAUGCGGGCUGGCAGAACAGUAUCAGACAUAACCUGAGUCUCAACAAGGCCUUUAUAAAACAGGAGCGCCCGAAGGAUGACCCGGGCAAGGGAAACUACUGGGCUAUCGAGACGGGCAUGGAGCAGCAGUUCAUGAAGGAAAAGCCGUCCAGAAAGUCUGCGGCGGCCACUGAGAACAUGCAGAUCAUGUCGAUGGGGCCUCGUCUCGAUUUUGCCCAUCUGGAGCCUACCACAUUCCACGACGGCCUUCCUCCUUCACUCCCACCGGUACUCUGCGCUCAAACAAGCUCCUACCAACAACCGGGGCCGCCACAGGCACCCGCCCAUUCGGCACCUGAAGUUUCAUCUGAUGCCACAAUCCCACUAUCGGACAACGUUGGCCCAGAGGAGCAGGAGGAAGCUUCCCAGGAGCAGAACGUGCCCCUGGAGACGCCCCUGGAGACGAGCUUGUACUCUCCACCUGCGGCGAUGCAAUCCUCACCCCCGAUUCCACGUCACCUCGAACAUCGAAGCAAUACACCGCCUCCCAUUAUGAGAGAAGCACAGUCAUCAGCCUCCCACAAGCCUUCCCACAAGCGCAAACACGCUUCUAUGGAUGCCCCGAACUCAAUCGACGAUAGCGGAUACAUAUCAUCGUUGGAAUCUUCCGCCAUGCGUCCCAACCAAGUCAGUCGUGUUCAAAGUUCAGAGACUGACCGUCCACGGGGCAAAAAGCGAGGGCGAGCUGAGGAGGAGAUCGCCCGGCUCCGAGCAUCCUCAUGUGACAGUCCUACCAAGAGUCGGUCCUACGGAUUCGUUCCGCCGUCUUCAUCUCCUAUCCGGCAGCCUACGGAUGGUCAAAUGCUACCUCCCCUGACGCCGGGUGUUAAAGACAAGCCUACCCAAAAGAUUCCUCCAUCUGUCUCGCCCAACACGAAUCUGCAGAUACAUCGCGACAAUGUCCGACAGCUGCUAAACUCGCCUCUCCGUCGUGUUAGUAACAUAUCGGACGAGGUUACUAUGCCAUGGAGCCCGGCGUUCAACAUGGACGAAGAGACAUUCAUCGGUGGGCUCGACUUCCGUAAUACAGACAUCGAUUUCAGCAUCUACACAGACGAGUCUAUCGAUAACUUCCAUACCGCGUCCUAUGGUUCACCCGUCAAGCGUUCAGCCAAGAGACCGCGCCUGGAUCGCACUCAAUCCGCGAGUGCUCUUGGUGACACCACAGGCACAUCGUCCAACAGAGCACUUAUGUCGACUCCUUACUUGAAAGCUCCCACUCCACGGCAAGACCUUGGUUUCGAGUCACCCAGCAAGGUGUUCGAGGGUAUGUCGUCUCCUCUCAAGCGUUACUUUCAAUCGCCUUCUGUCCGCGCCCAGCCUCAACCGCCGAUUGCCGCUAGAGAUGAGUGGAACAACUUUGAGAAUCUCAAUGAGCACACAUUGUUCGAGGACGAAGUUGAAUUGGAUAUAGACAUUUUCCAGGGCUUCGCGAAGAUCAGCGGUAGCGAGAACGCCAGCGGCCCUGCCAAGCCACCGCCACCGAGACCUUCUUUUGGCCGCAGCUACACGUCGACCCUCUAG